GGCCGCGUGACCGUGAAUUUGGUGCAAGUGGCUGUUUCAUUUGUGAUAUUUGCACUGUUUCAUGAAUGAGGUGAAUAGCUAAGGAUACGAAAGGAGCCGGCCUGCACUUGUUUAACGAUAAUCCGCGCGUUGCUUCGAGGACGGAGGAAAAUCAUGAAAUCUGCAGUCAGAAGCGGCUUUUGAAUUGCGUUUUCGCAAUUUGAACCUUAGGCUAUUAUAGUAAUAGUUUGCUGGCCGUGAUUCUUUUGGUUAUUUAACGAUGCUGUUUGGAUUUGUGGUUACAUUUUAUCGGUGAAUAAGAAUUUUGGGGCUGAGCGACUCAGUGAACGGGCGAGGACAAUUUGUCUGUCGUAGAAAAUGAGGGCCGAUUGACGCAAAUGAGACGUUCACUUUCUGGAGAGAAACUUCGUCGAUCGACGUAAAUUCCGUUGUGUACGAAGUGUGGAAAUCCCUGCACUUGAAUUAGUCCGGCCGUGCGCGCGGAACUUUCUCCGUUCGCCUCGUUUCAGGGUCUAGCGAUCGAUUGACGUGUGUAAGAUAACGUCUAGUUGGCAUCUUCUUUUCGUCGUUAAACAAACCAUAAACGAACAAGAUGGGCUGAACUUGUAGCUCGGAUGAGGUUAAGAAGAAAUGGCCGUGGGUCUCGGAUCGCAUUAGUGCAACAGUGGCUUGAAGAACACCUUUGGACUGCCACACAUUCCCGAUCUCAUGAGGGCUCUGUCUCGUCAGGUGUGCGGGUUCCGUAUCUGCGUUCUCGAUUAUUCUUUUGUUUCCGAAGCCCACGGAAUGUUCGGGCGCUGUAAAUCCCAACGCAAGCCUUCGCUGGGUCGGGCCCCACCAGGAUUUCUCCAGACGUGCGAGACUUUUCGUUCUUUGGAGAUCAGCCCCGGACGUUCUUGCUGGUGGCUGUGCUGCUCUCUGGUAGCGACAAACGCGGACCACAGGAUAAGGAGACAAGUGGGCUGGCCUCCGCCGAGCACCGAAGCGCUGCAGUCGCCCGAACAAAAGACUGACGCGACGUACCCGACACACGACGCCUUCCGGUCGCAGGAAGUCCCCUCCAGACGACGAGGGGUUCCUUGGAUAACUCUCGACUCAGACCCUGCGCGUGACGGACAUGCCACUUCGUCGUGGAAUCCGGUGGCUCCGUUCGUGACGCAAGAGACGUCGAGACACGGGACACGCCGGCCAAUUUCCAUAGAAACGCCUGUUUCGUUGAGAAACAGUCGCUUGUCGGACAACGGCGAGCCAGAGACUGAUGAGGGCCGACACUUGUUCGGGCCAGACAGACGCCAGACGCUUUUUGCCAUUUCAGAGACUCUGGGGGCGCUCAACACCGUGGGGCGCUACCUCGUGAACAUGACGCGAGGUGCGGACACAGAGGGGGAGGAGCCGCAGGGAGGGGACCUCUCGGGCGCCAUCUACACGAUCAGCAAGAACGUUCUCGGUCCGAAUGUCACUGAAACCAUAGCUCCCCUCGUGCGGGUCGCCCUGCCCCAUCCUGGUGGUAAGCUGACGCAGCCGGACGACCCCUCGGCUUCCAGACCGUGCAGGACCCCAGACGGCCGAGCUGGGUCGUGCGACGACCUGAGCAGCUGCCCGCAGCUGCUGCUGGACCUCAGCAACCUCAGGCAGUCCAUCUGCUUCAAGAGCCUCUUCGUGCCGGGCGUCUGCUGCCCCUCACCGUUCAUAACACCAGCACCAGAUGUAGUGACAGUGGCGACAACAGUGAGAACAACGACAACUACGAGGCGCCCCGCGACAACGACUAGAAGACCAAGUCCGGUGGUGACAUCUAGCAAGACCACCACAUCACGGCCCACCGUGGCCCCCAGUGUAGAGUGUGGUCAGCCCGAGGUCCCAGCAUUCCGCGUUGUGGGGGGUGAAGAGUCUCUUCCAGGGCGGUGGCCUUGGAUGGCAGCCAUCUUUCUGCAUGGUUCACGCCGCACUGAGUUUUGGUGUGGUGGUUCCUUGGUGGGACCUCGCCACGUGCUCACUGCAGCGCACUGCACACGUGACUCAAGACAGCGACCGUUCAGCGCACGUCAGUUCACUGUGCGCCUGGGUGAUGUUGACUUGAAGCGCGAUGACGAACCAUCGUCACCAGAGACGUACCAGGUGGUAGACGUGCACGCGCAUCCUCAGUUCAGCCGUGUCGGGUUCUACAAUGACAUCGCAUUGCUGGUGCUGGAACGGACAGUGAGGCGGUCCCGGUACAUAAUCCCACUUUGUCUGCCGCCUGCCAGGUAUCGCCACGAACCCUUUAUUGGCCAGAAACCGACUGUUGUCGGCUGGGGUACUACAUACUACGGUGGCAAGGAGAGCACAGUGCAGCGCCAGGCCCAGCUGCCCGUGUGGCGCAAUGACGACUGUGACCGAACAUACUUCCAACCAAUCACGUCAUCCUUCAUCUGCGCUGGCUACACAGAAGGGGGCAAAGAUGCCUGCCAGGGUGAUUCUGGAGGUCCUCUGAUGCUGAAGGUUGAAGGCCAUUGGAUACAGAUUGGCAUUGUAUCCUUUGGCAAUAAAUGUGGUGAGCCAGGAUACCCAGGGGUCUACACGCGGGUCACAGAAUAUGUAGACUGGAUACAUGAGAACAUGAUCAAGUAACAGAUGAUACAGGAUGCUGUGAUAUCAGCCCCCUGAAGAGUGGAACAUCAGUUACGCUAUGUCCGUAUAGUUACUAUUGGACAUUUAACGCUUGUUUUCUUACCAUUUAAUGUCACUGUGUCCUGAUGCUGUCAGGCGAGUUAACUGAUGUCAUUCAUACAAUCCACUUUGGAUACAGAAUCAUAGGAGAGAGGUUAAUAAAGCAGAUCUUGGAGAACUAUGGCAUGAGGAUGUGAGCUGGAUUCAUCUGGCUCAAGAUAGGGUCCAACUGUAAGCUCUUGUGUGAUCAGAGCAACAGAAAUUCACGGUACGUACAAGGCAGAGAAUUUCUUGAUCACAUGAGUGAAUAUAAGCCUCUCAAGAAGUUUAUACACUUUGUAUCAGUUAAUUAAGCUCAGUAAUGACAUUUUGUUCUUGUGUGUAAGACGCUGUGAGGGACAGAAUACCAGCUAAAUGCCAUGGCAAAGAAAAUUAACCAACAUUUUGAUGAUUGAAACAGACAUACCGCAACUGAUUUUAGGGAGAAUCUUUAUCAGUUUUAUCGCUACAAAAAAAAAAUUCCUGUUUUCAAAUGUCUGGAUAACUCUGUUGACUGACAAAGAGUUCUUGUAAUCCAUGCUAUUGUAAAUAUUGUAUAGAACCGAUUGAUUACAGGUUCAACAGUGUUAAUAUAAUUCUCGUACUACUACUGGCUGUAACAUUUUUCCUUACGUCUUUAACACAUUUCAAAUAUGAUACUUAUGGAAAUUGGGAAAUGUAAUUUAUUACUUUUUGCUAGUCUUGAUGACAGCAUUUUACUAAAAUUUUGAAGUGAGUUCUAAUCCUACUCAAGGCACAGUUAUGAGUUGGAGUUGCUUUUAAUCUCUAUCCAAAGGAACAUGACACUUCUCUUUAAAAACAACAGAAGUGGUUAACAUUAGACUUAUUAAAUUAUUGGACUUCAGGGAGACAGGCAUUGAUGAAGCAAGCUAAGAUGCAGCUGGCUCAGGAUAGAGUCAAGUGACAGGCCUUUGUGAACGUGGUGCUGAACCUUUAAGUUCCAUAAAGAAUUUGGGCUAUUCUUUGACAAGCUGAGUAUAAAACUGGCUUUUCAAAGAAUUUCCUGCACCAUAGAGUGAGUGAGUGAGCAGGCAAUAGGUAGUGUCAAAAGUUCUUCGUUUCUUUAGUGUGCACCUACUCCUGAAGAAUGAUAAACAUUAAACAUGUAUCACCUUUUCCUUUGGAAUAUAUACAUUAGUUUUUAA